UCCCCACCAACCAGCGCCGAAGCCGCCAUCGGAUCCGCCCGCCGCCGCCGCCGCCGCCCAUUCCGACUCUACCCCGAUGGCGGUCGAGACCCAAACCCUAACGGAGCCUCCGCCCCAGCCCCAAUCGCACCAAGCCUCCCCGCCUCCUUCCGGGGAGGACGACGACGUGGUGGUUGUCUCGGGUGCCUCCGUCGGUGGCGACGCCGCGGCGUCCGCGGCGUCGGCGGGCAACGCGACCACGGAGGAGAGGGUGAGGGGGCCGUGGUCCCCGGAGGAGGAUGCGGUGCUCAGCGACCUGGUGGAGAAGCUCGGGGCGCGCAACUGGACUCUGAUCGCGCGCGGAAUCCCCGGCCGCUCCGGCAAGUCCUGCCGCCUGCGCUGGUGCAACCAGCUGGACCCCCAAGUCAAGCGCAAGCCUUUCACUGAAGAGGAGGACCGUAUUAUAAUGGUUGCUCAUGCUGUCCAUGGGAACAAGUGGGCAUGUAUCGCAAAGCUUUUGGAUGGGAGAACCGACAAUGCUAUCAAGAAUCACUGGAAUUCCACUCUGAGGCGUCGACACUGCAACGAUGGUCGAUGCAAACAUGGUGUUUCUGUGGAGAGGAGUGUCCCGGAGGUGUCCAGGGCAGUUUCAGAAGAAUCUUGGCCUUUAAAAGAUCCCAGUUCAUUCACAGCUAUGGAUGUAAGGGACGCUCCUGUGCAAACAGUUACAGAAACAUCUGCUGGGGCAUGGCUCAUCCCAGUCCCAGAUCAGUGUUAUAGUACUCAAGCUGUUGAUCCUCCGUACCUGUCCCGACCAGUUGCAAAGAUUGGUGCUUUCAGACCAUACAAUCUAGGACAUGUUUCGGAACCUACCCAACAGGAAACGCCAAGCUCUGUCUUCAAACCUGAAUCAACUCUUAAAGCUUUGACUCCUGAAAGUGAGGUAUUCAAGUUUGCUGAUCCUACAUGCUUUGCUGCUGGGGUUCCAAACAAAUGUGGGCAUGGUUGCAGCAGUGCCCAAAAGCGGACUCAAAUUAGCAGCAUUGCCUGGAUGAGAAGCGGUAUGCAAAGCAGUGAUGCCAGUAGCUUAUUGCAGUCAGCUCCACCAGCCUGACAAAUUAGGAAUCUUGUGAACUUGCAAGCUGGAAUAUUUGCAGUUUCGUUAGAUUUAGACAUAAUGAUGUCAAGUCAUUAAUUACAUUUCUGUGUUUCACCGUCAGUAGAUGACAACGCAUUUACUUUCGUGGGCGUUACUGUAUACUUGUUUCUGGUGCUUCCACCCAUAAUAUACUGCUGUGUUAGGCUAACGUAUUUACUUUACCAUGUUGCAUGUGGAUGUGCUACUUAAGUUAUUGUGCAGCUUUGCAUUAUAGGAAACUACAUGCGAUUUAUUUUAUGUUUGUAUGUGUUGUCAGUUCAUCAUAGGCAUUGACAUAAAAUAAGUAAGUAGCCAAAUAUGGAUUGAUCGUGAUCUUUAAGGAGAGAGAUCUUUGUAACUGGAUCGAUUUGGUGGAAGCUGUCAGGGAGCAGACCGUGAGGGUUGAAUCCCUGUCCCUUGAAUUCAUGUGGUGUAAAAAGUCCCCCGGUGCCUCCUUCCCCACGAAAGUAAAUUGCUAAUUUGUAGCCACUAUGUAGCUUACAGUAGAGUAGUGCUACUGCAAAACAUUGUAAAGUAGUACUUGAGUAAUGUUUUGAUAGCUUGGCCUUGU